GUGGAGAAUUGCGGCAUACCCCCUUUUUCUUUUUUCUUUCGCGUAUAUAGAUUUGCUUUUUCUUCUUUUUCUUCUUCUGUCUUUGUCUUUGUCUACAUCUACAUUUACAUCUACAUGACAACAUCUCCAGGACAACAUCUCCAGGACAACAUCUCCAGGACAUCUCGUCUGUCUGUCUGUCUGUUCUGUUUAUCUGCAUGAACCAUGCACACAUACAUACCACACACACACACACACACACACACACACACACACACACACAUACAUACAUACACACAGUCCAAUCAACCAGACUGUUUCAGACCCUCCAAAACACUUCUCCUAUUCACUUAUCACAUCUCUUUCUUUCCUUUUCUUUCCUUCCGUCUUCGCAGGUCGAGCUUAGAUUUCAGAUUUCAGAUUUCAGAUUUCAGAUUCCAGUUACACAUACAUACACACACACACACACACACACACACAUACACAUCCAAACAACCAUCCAUAAGUACCGAAUUCCAAUAGAACAGAAAAUAGAUGAGAAAGAUAGAAAGAGAUAGAUAGAUAAUACGAUAUGAUUCAAUUCAAUUCAACUCAACUCGGGUAAAGAAGAAAACAAGAUCUGAAAACAAGAUCUGAAAAAAAAAGAGACAAUGAAGGAACAUGACAUGCCCAGAGAGAGAGAGAAAAUUAAAGAGCA